AGUAUGUGUCGGUCUACGACAGGCGGAUGCUGCAGGUGAACUGUGCUGCGGCCCCUUCUGUGCGCAGAGGCUCAGACAUCAGUGUGGAUGAGGAGGGACUGCGCACGUAUACACGCCGAGUUGCGCGGUUUUGCCCUGAAUCUACGCCUUCACGCCACAUCACGGGCGUGCGAUACAGCAACACGGGCAAGGAGAUCGUUGCCUCGUACUCAGUCGACGGCAUCUACAUGUUCGACUCCUCCGGUCUGCAGAUCCGCCGCUUCUCCACCGAUCACACCGAACCGCAGAAGGGCAAAACGGCCCAGCAUUCAUCUCACAGCCAAACGUAUGCGCGUGCGUAA